AUGGACAAAGCUACACUUCUAACGGCUUCCAAAGUGGAUCUGAACGUUUCGACCCAUCCCCGGUCCGACAUCACCAGGUUGAUCGUUCCGUCACUACAAAUUGUCCUUCGCUUCCAGAGCCUUGUCGGGUCAAUCUCCAUCUUCCUUUGCCUCCAUGCCUGCAUCAUCGCGAGCAGCGCGUUCGUCGCCGUCCUUCAGGGGAGCAAGAUCCUGUCCCUAAACGUCCUCAUCGCAGCGAAAUAUAGCGCUUUUCACAGCUUCAACAUGUCUACCCAAGCCGUCGCCAGUGCAUGGAACUCCAAGAAUGUCCAGAGAUUACGAAAAAAGCUCUGGUACGAAUUCGCCGUCUUCAUUCUCGGCAGCGGGAACAUGGUCUUCCUCAUGCUCUUCUGGCCUGGUUGGUGGGUGCUCGCGGGCGCGUGCUGGGCAGGCUGGAUGCUCUUCGGUUGAAGCUUCUCCCACGCGUUUUGAGUGUCUCUAUGACCUCUCAGCCAAACUCAAAGGUGAUCCACUUGUGAUAUAUCCAACGCCCAAGGAGCCGACGCAACCCACUUCCAAACACUUAUCGAUGUUUUGUGUCAGUCGACAGCAUCAUCUCAGCGCGAGAAGAAGAACGUAUUACCACCAGCAUCCUUCCUCACCUCCUUCCCGUAGUCCUUCUCAGGGUCAAACUCCUGCCACAUACUCGCAGGAAAGAUAUGUUUGUUCUUCUCGUACCACCGCCUAUCAACAACCUUCGUAAGAGUGGGGUCUUCGUCAGCGCCCUCAAGGGUGUUAAUAUUGGGAAGCGCGUCCGCAAUAGCAGCGUUGGAGGUGGGCGUGACGAGGGGAUCACUGGGUUCGGCAUUAUCGGUCGAUUCGGGUUUUCGAGGAGGUUCCGCACUGUACUUAAAUACAGGCUCGCCAUCAGGACCGGGUGUCUUGUUCAUGGCGAAGAAGUAGAAGUCAUAAUGCUAGACGGCAAUCAGAAACUGUUAAUAACAUGCGCCAGCGAGAGAGCUUACGUGAGGUAUUAUGACUGUUCCGCGAACAAGCAUCAAAUCGUCCACUCCAACUCUAGCCCAUUCCCUCCUUGCGUUGGACUUUUCACCCACGCCCAGAUCGG